GUGGCGUCGUCGUCAUCAGCAACGGACAGCGGAACGCGGGGUCCAGCCCAACCCGAUUAGGCAGCUUGCGCUGUGACGCGACCGCCUGGUCUGACACUCGGGGGGCCGGCUGCGACACCCAGCUAGCGCUGGCCUCCAGCGAAGAGGUCAACCUCUCUCCUCCAUCAUCGUCAUCGUCCUCAUCAUCAUCGCCCCCGUCGUCGCCUUCUACCCAACAUGAAGCUCUCCCACACCUCGCUGCUCGCCGCGUGCGUGCCGGUCAUCUCGGCUCGCUUCCUCGAGACGCACGAGCGUGCCGCCGCCGCCGCCAACGCGCACGUCGAGCUGCACCCCAACACGGACAAAUUCCUGGUCGAGACGUCUCCCGGCGAGACGAAAUGGGUCACCGAGGAGGACAAGUGGGGGAUGAAGAGGAACGGCCAGAACUUCAUGGACAUUACCAACGCCCGCAACCUCGGCAAGCAUAUGCGAGCCGCGUCCCCCGUCACGUUCCCGGGCAAAUGCGUCAGGCAGGAUGCCGUCGGCAAGCUUUCCAAAAAGCUCGACAAGAAACACAUGAAGCAGAACCUUGAGAAGCUCACGAGCUUCCACACGCGCUACUACAAGUCCGACUACGGCCUGCAGUCAUCGGACUGGGUGCUGGCCAAGGUCAAUGAUAUCAUCAAGGAUGCGGGCGCGAAGGGCUCUGUCCACGCGGAGAGCUUCCCGCACGCGUGGAAGCAGCACUCGGUCAUCGCCACGAUCCCGGGGCAGAGCAACAGCACCAUUGUCAUCGGCGCGCACCAGGACUCGACCAACCUCUGGCUGCCGUCCAUCCUUGCCGCGCCCGGGGCCGAUGACGACGGCAGCGGCACCGUGACCAUCCUGGAGGUGUUCCGCACGCUCCUCGGAUCCAAGGACGUGGUCGAGGGCAAGGCGCCCAACACGAUCGAGUUCCACUGGUACAGCGCCGAGGAGGGUGGGCUGCUCGGCAGCCAAGACAUCUUCCAGUCGUACGAGAAGAGCAACCGCGACGUCAAGGCCAUGCUGCAGCAGGACAUGACGGGAUAUGUGCAGGGAACGCUGGAUGCCGGUGACCCGGAGAGCGUUGGUGUCAUUGUAGACUAUGUCGAUCCGGGCCUGACCAAAUUUAUCAAGACGGUGAUUGAACAGUACUGCAACAUUCCCUGGGUCGAGACCAAGUGCGGGUAUGCCUGCUCCGAUCACGCAUCGGCGUCCAAGGCCGGCUACCCGUCUGCGUUUGUCAUCGAGUCGGCGUUUGAGAACUCGGACCCGCACAUUCACACGACGGACGACCUGAUCAAGUAUCUGUCGUUUGACCACAUGCUAGAGCAUGCGCGCAUGACUCUUGGACUCGUGUAUGAGCUGGGCUUCCACGACUUUGAGGGCAAGCAGAAGGAGGAGCCGAGUGAGCUGUAAGGACGAGAGAUGGAAGAGCAGUGGCGCCGCCCCUAGACACGAAUGUUAGCAAUCACCAGCGCAGCCGAGAGAGAGCCGGCGGAGGGUGGCAGCAAGUAGCAAGCUUGACAGUAUGAAUAGA